GGGCUCUUCUCCCAAGUGACAGGUGAUGAGAUGAGAGGAAAUGGCCUCAAGUUGCACCAGGGCAUGGUCAGAUUGGACAGCACGAGAAAUUUCCUCACCAAAAGGGUUCUCAGCCCUGGCAGAGGCAGCCCAGGGAGGUGGUGGAGUCCCCGUCCCUGAAGGGGUUUAAAAGAGGGGCAGAUGAGGUGCUCAGGAAUGGACAGGGACAGUUGGACUUGACGAUCUCAAAGGUCUGUUCCAACCAAGUGAUUCUAUGGUUCCAUGACUUCAGCUGCUCCUCACGUGCUUCCCCUUCACUCCAUGCUCUCCUCUGGAUGUUCUCCAGCUGCUUUAGAUCCCUUUUGUCCUUUGGUGCCUAAACUGCACCCGGUGCUCCAGGUGAGGCCACCCCAGUGUGGAGCAGAGCUGGACAGUCCCCUCCGUUGGCAGCCGGUGACUGAGGGCUCUUCCUCCUGGCUGCCCAUUGCUGCCUGCUCCCGCCCCAGGAUGGCGACUCCGGACGUCAGCGUUCACAUGGAGGAGGUGGUGGUGGUGACGACACCUGACGGCGCGGUGGAUGGAGCUGGCAUGGAGGAGGUGAAGACAGUGCUGGUCACCACCAACCUGUCCCAGCAUGGCGGGGACAUAAACGAAGAUACGCUGGAGACCGAAAAUGCAGCUGCAGCGGCUGCUGCUGCCUUUACAGCCUCCACGCAUCUGAAGGAAGCAGUUCUAGAAGUGAAGAUGGCUGAAGACGAGGACAGUUUGGAGGCAGAGAUUGUCUACCCCAUCACCUGUGGAGACAGCAAAGCCAACCUCAUCUGGAGAAAGUUUGUGUGCCCUGGGAUCAACGUGAAGUGUGUACAGUUUGACGAUCACCUAAUUAGCCCCAAGGAGUUUGUCCAUUUGGCGGGCAAGUCGACCCUGAAGGAUUGGAAGCGGGCAAUCCGGAUGAAUGGGAUCAUGCUCCGGAAGAUCAUGGACUCGGGAGAGCUGGAUUUCUACCAGCACACCAAGGUCUGUUCCAACACCUGCCGAAGCACCAAGAUCGACCUGACAGGAGCCAGGGUGUCCCUGACCAGCCAGACGUCGACAGAGUACAUCCCUCUCACUCCCGCUUCUGCGGAUGUGAACGGAUCCCCGGCGACGAUUACCAUAGAAACGUGUGAGGAUACCAGUGACUGGAGCACCAGCAUCGGAGAUGACACCUUCGCUUUCUGGCGAAGCCUGAAGGACACAGGUCUCCUGGAGGAAGUCAUCCAAGAGUUCCACCAGGAGCUAGUGGAGACCAUGAAGGGCUUGCAGCAGCGAGCGCAGGAUCCCCCGCUGCAGCUCGGGGAUGCUGUUUUACUCAACAACGUAGUCCAGAACUUUGGAAUGCUGGAUCUGGUCAAAAAAGUCCUGGCCAGCCACAAAUGUCAGAUGGAUCGCUCGAGGGAGCAGUACACGCGGGAUUUGGCAGCUCUGGAGCAACAGUGUGAUGAGCACCGCAAGCGAGCAAAGGAGCUGAAGCACAAAUCACAGCAUCUCAACAAUGUCCUGAUGACCCUCACACCCGUCUCCGUCCCCACACCUUUAAAACGUCCCCGGCUGACCAGGGCCACCUCCGGACCAGCUGCCAUCACCUCCCAAGUCCUGUCCCAGCCGGCACAGCUUGCUGUCACCCCCGGCGUGCCCGUCUCCCAGCUCACCACCCUCCCUCUUGGCAAGGUGGUCUCAACCCUCCCGCCCUCGGUGCUGGGGAAGAGCCCGUCCCAGCCUCCCGCCGCCAGUUCCCCGGCCUCCCCGCUGCUGGGAGGGUACACGGUACUGGCUUCCGCCGGCUCCACCUUCCCCGGCACGGUGGAGAUCCACCCGGACGCUUCCAACCUGACGGUGCUGAGCACGGCUGCCGUCCAGGACGGCAGCACAGUCGUGAAGGUGGUGAGCCCCUUCCAGCUGUUGACGCUGCCAGGACUUGGCACAACCAUCCAGAAUGUGACUCAAAUGGCUCCUGGCGGGAGCACAGUUGUGACUGUCCCAUCUGGUGCCACCGAAGCCACCGGGGACGAGCACGCUGCCGCUGCCAUCGAGGUGACUGCAGUGGCCGACGAGGCAGAGCAGAAGUGAAAGGGGGGCUUGCCUGGAGGGACGCUGGCCGUGCCGCUCUGGGUGGAACUGCCUUUUCUCUGGCCAUGCUGUGGGAAGAGGAGCGGUGUAACGAGGGGCACAGGUUAAUGACUCGGAGCCACUCGGGUCUGUAAUAAGGCUCAGGUCAGAGGGAAGGAGAGGGAGGAAAGACCUGGAGAAGGGAAAGGCAAAAAUGCCCUGCCCUGUUUGGAGGAGAGAAGAACAAAAAAAAAAAAGCUUAUUUUUUUAUAAAACUUUCCUCCCUGUUCUCUUGGAAUAGUUAUUCCUGCCUUGUCUGCAGGCGUAGCUGGAGAAGCGGCCGUUGGAAGAGAGGGCAGGUGCAGCAGCACAGGGCAGGGAGGUGAAGGCAGUAGUGGAAGGGGAAGCAGGCGAAGUGCUGAGCAGGCGCCGAUCUGGCUGCCAAGGGAGUGAACUGCUGGGAGAUGUCAGGGAGCCAGAGCUCCCUAUCCCGGGGGCCUCUGGGGAGGGAGUGGGGCUGUCCGUGGGCUGCAUGCGGUCAUCGAGAGCGGGAAGAGGCUCCGUACAGCAGCGAGGCUGCAAGCCUCAUGAGCUCGGCUUCUGCGUGUGAUUGCUGGUUCUGGGUGGUGGAAACAAGCGGGAGCUCAUGUGGCAGUGGUCGUGGUGGGGUGUCCAGGAAUGGGGAGAGAGAAGCCCAGGGGGCCAGGAGGAGCUGUUACUGCUGAGGAUUUAGGGACUUUUUCUAGUUUUCUCCCAUUCUUCGGGAUUUUCUUAAGCAGGCAUUGAUUUUUAAGCAAAGCCCUUUGGUUGUGAGAUCACACCAUAAGGCAGGUAAGACAGAGACGCACAGUUGAAUGUUCAGAGAGAUGAGCGCUCCGAGGAGUUUGCACUUGGUAACGUGGGGUGACCCUGGUGUGGGAUCAGGCUGGUCCCGAUCCCCAGCACCUCCCCAGGUGCCUCAUCCCACAGGAGCCGGGCGCUGCCAUUCCCUCCCUGCUGGGUUUGAGCAGCCGUUCUCUACUGGGGUGGUCAAACCCCCAGAAACCCUUCUGUUCAACUCGCUGCGAGGCUCCCAGCUGCCUGUUUCUGGGGCACACGUGCCACGGAGCUGCAGCGAUGCUCACAUUGUCUCUGGCUUGAAGGAGUUGGGUGCUUGAAGUGUUGAGGUUUCUACAACCUUGGUCUGGCAGCAGCAGCGACAACAGGUCACUUUAAU